CUUUCGAAAUUGCAAGUUGCAAAAAUGAGACAAAGUUGAUUUCAAGCAGUUGAAGAUUUAAAAAACGGAGAUGACAUUCUAAAUUCAGCUGAACCCUGAAGAAUUGCUGGUUUGACCGGUCGAUUACUUCCAUCAUCAUCAUCUUCUUCCUGAAAUGAUUAGAAACUUCGGAGAGGAGAACGGGGGACUUAGAAAGUGACUCCAACUACAUUUUUGCUUUGCCUACGCGUUUCUUUCGCUGCUGACUCUUGCUUUCUCGACCGCUUUUGUCGUCUCUUUUGGCAUCACCAGUGAAAACGAGACUGUCCGAAAGAAAGACGGAACCUGACACACACGAUGAUCAACUACUGUGAUAUAGCACUAGUGACAGGAUCUACUGGUGCGGAAUGCGGGUGCUCGGCAUCAGCAAACUAUAUGUAUACGCAUUUUUGAAAAGAGAAACAAAAUCCAGCUGUAACGAAUGAUAAUAACAACUGCAGGGAUAGCACAGUCAAGGAAAUGCUUGUUUCAUUCUUCUUCCCAUCUCGUCAUCAUAUUUUCACCGAAUUAGCAAGUCAGAUGAUGUUGAUGGUCGCGUUGACGACCGACAGCUAUAAACCAAUCGAUCACAUUUCUUCUUUUCGUCGGUGCACGCCGCGUCAACAACGCCAGUCAAAAUGAAAUUAAUGUCAUCGUUGUGAAUUCGGAGAGAGACGAAAAAAAAUAAGGUGGGGAGAGACGGAGUAGUAUAGGUACCCCGUCUGGAUUAUAGUUACAUGGCUCUGCCGAGUAGAGAACGGGCUUUCCCUUCUUUCGACCCCCAUCGAGAGUGGGACGACUUUUUUUUUGGCUAGAGCUCCUGGUUCGAUGCUGCUGCUGCGAAGAAAACUCCGCCCUCUUCUCUUGUAGAAUAACACACACCAAACUCCUUGGGCAACGUGCGUCUGUUGUGUUCCCCGUCUGAGAAGCUGCUGCUUCUCCCCACCCCGUCACCCACCUUGGGGUCUCCGACUAUAUAACCGAGUCGGCUUUGGGUCUUCAGCCGUGGUCACUAUCAAACCUUGACUCUCGAUUGAGCUUGUGCUUCUCGUCUUGCCCUACCCCCAGUCCUAUACCAGCAACUCUGCAACAACACACUGCCACUGAGCUUGGGUUUUUAAUUUUUCUGGCUUUAAACGCUCCCGUGGUUCAUCACACCUCAAAACGUAGGGGAUCACGCAAGGAUCUCCACAGAGAUUGAAGAUGUCGAACCACUUUCUAGUGACCCUAUGCUGUGCAAUCGUCUUUAUCGCCGGGGGAGUGCGGAGCGUUCCCCUGAUGAUGAACAUGCCCCAAAUCAGCAAAAUGGAGGUGCAGUGCGCCAAAAGUGGCAUGAGCGUCGAAGUCGAGUUUGAUCUACCCUUUGAUGGCAUCAUUUUCAGCAAAGGACAUUUCUCCGAUCCGGCUUGCAGGUACGUGGCAUUAGGUAGCAACCGCUCAAAGUAUUCGUUCGUCGUUCCUGCCCAAGGUUGCGGGACAAUUGCUGUGGACGGCACUCAGUCCAACAUCCUCAUUUUUCAAUCGGAUCCCAUCGUUCAGGAAAUAUGGGACGUAUCACGAAAGAUCAGUUGUCGGCUGUCGGAAAGGAUCACCAAAUACGUUACCUGGAGCCCGUUGACUGUCGAAAUGCUCGAUGUCCAAAGCAGCGGAAAGAGUGGAGAAGUGGAUUGCUGGAUGGACGUUAUGAAAGGCGUUUAUCCCGCCACGAAACCGAUUGACGGUAACUUGAAAAUUGGAGAGGAACUGAGUCUCAUCAUUUACCUGAGAGAUCUUUACGGCUUGUACGAUAUGGCCGUUCGUGACUGCUGGGCUUACGACGACAGUAGCAUUGACGUGGAAUCCACUUUAAAGUUGCAACUCACAUCGACAGAUGGAUGCGCCAAGAAGCCCAAAUUGAUGCAUUUCUGGCGGCGAACGGACCAAGUGGGCGACAGCAAUGCAACGCUUGUUACUUAUUCCAACAUCACGGCCUUCCGCUUCCCAACGAAAAGUGAAGUUUACUUUACCUGUAACCUUGACAUCUGCGAGGGGUCAUGCAAUCAGCGCAACUGCGUUGAAGAAGAGUCGCAGAUUAGCGUCGUGACCAAACCGCCCACCGUCGUCACGACUCGCCCGACUACUACGGUCGCCCUGGCCGUUCAAACGACGACAAUUGCCCCUAUCGCAGAGACGACGACGCCAAGGCGACCAACAGAGCCCUCGGUUGAAGCGACUACUCCGCUGGAUUGCCUUUCGAAUCCGUUUGAUUACAGGUGCCCAACAACGACCAGAUCACCUGUCAGCAUCCCCAACUGCAACUUGAGACCCGAAGAUCCCAGAUGUCCGCCACAGUUAACCCAAAGACCUUGCUUUCCUGGUGCGGAUUAUCCUGGUUGUCCCCCUCCACCUCCGCCAUCAACAACGCUUGCUCCGCCUGUCACGCCAGUUGUUUGUUUCCCAGGCUCCAACGAUCCCAGAUGUCCAACAACGACCAGCCGGCCUAUUGUUGUAACGACUCUGCCUUCUCUGCCACCUCCACCCUUCACGACACCUGGUUGUUUCCCAGGAUCGACUUCACCGGGAUGCUCAACAGCUCCAACUGUCCCAACUCCACCGACUUGCUUUCCAGGAUCUAAUCAGCCUGGAUGUCCAACGACGACUAGUUCGCCAAUCAUCACUGAGCCUCCAACAACCUGCGUCCCAGGCUCUUACAAUCCGCAAUGUCCACCUCCCGUCUGCGUCCCAGGUUCUAAUAAUCCGCAAUGCCCACCUGAAAUCCCACUCAGAACUACGACAGGACGCCCACCGUGUGUUCCUGGAUCGAAUCUCCCGGGAUGCCCGACGACAGCAACUCCAGUUCUACCGACUACAACGGAAGCGACAACGGUUCCUCCCUGUUAUCCCGGAUCAAAGAAUCCCAAAUGCAUCACCCCCGCAACAAUAACUACUACGCCGUCACUGCCUGAUUGCUCUCCUGGAACGAACGAUCCUAGGUGUCCACUUAUAAUCACCACACCAGCACCAUUGGUCUGUCGACCAGAAUCCAAAGAUCCUAGAUGCCCCACCACACCGCAGCCGCCCCCUGUAUGUUAUCCUGGAUCAAAUGAUCCAAGGUGUCCAACUACAACAACAGUUGCUCCAACAACCAGCACUACAACAACUCCGGUUCCUCCAGUUUGCUUCCCAGGUUCUACCGACCCCAGGUGUCCUACAGCUCCGCCCAAAAUUACAACGCCAUCACCGCCUGUCUGCCUUCCUGGGUCAAACGAUCCCAGAUGCCCGACUGAAAGGACAACAACAACGCCUUCUCCUCCAAUCUGUGUGGUUGGAUCAACCGACCCAAGAUGUCCAACUACAACCACUGCCACAACAACACAGCCACCUCCAGUUUGCACUCCCGGUUCGACCGAUCCACGCUGCCCAAAGACAACACCAGCCCCACCAGUUCCACCAACAACACCCAUCACAACUACAUCCACAACUCAGCGACCUUUGAUUUGUACUCCUGAAUCGAAUGAUCCCCGCUGUCCAACAACAAUCCCAACAACGCAAGCGCCUCAGAUUUGCGUGCCUGGAUCCAAAGAUCCUCGCUGUCCUCAACCACCUCCAACUUGUACACCGGGAUCUCCACUGUGUCCACUGACACCGUCUACACCGCCAUCAACAGUAGCAACAACUACUACCACCACCACCACCACACAACCACCAUUAGUUUGCAUACCCGGGUCGACUGAUCCUCGUUGCCCGACUACUACAACACAGCGUCCUUUUAUUUGUACCCCCGAUUUAAAGGAUCCGCGCUGCCCAACAACAACAGUCGCAACAACGCAACCGCCUCUGGUAUGUAAACCGGGAACCAAGGAUCAGCGUUGCCCACCACCGCCAUCCACGACUUCCACAACCACAACGCAGCGUCCAUUUGUUUGCAUUCCCGGAUCGAAUGAUCCACGUUGUCCAACAACAGCGGCAACAACUCAGCCACCCGCGAGAUGUAUUCCUGGAACAAACGAUCCUCGCUGCCCAACGACAGCAACAACAACACAACCACCAUUCACUUGUACUCCAGAAUCCUCAGAUCCAAGAUGUCCUACUUCUCCUCCCAUAUGUGUUCCAGGUUCAAGCGAUCCUCGCUGCCCUGCCACUACCGUCACCACCACCACAGUCAGAACUACUACACAGACUGUUACAUCCGCUCCUGUCAGUACCACUACACGGAAGCCAUCAACAGCCGCUUCCGUCGUCGACGAUCCUGGAAAGCCCGGUUGGGAAGGAGCCGAUCCUAGAUAUCACGCCUUCCAUUCCUGGUUGUACCAGCCAGCACCAAGACCAAGAGGCAACAAGAUAAAAACUUCGUUGAAGACAGCAAGCAACAUUUGAUUUUUGUUUUAAUUUUCUUGAUAAAAUUGGAUUGAAAUUCGUUUCCACCACUGUUUUUCUGUGGAUCUGCAAAAUUUUUUAUUGUUCAUUAAUAGGCUAAGGCAGUCAGCCAAAAACUUUUUCGUGUAUAAGGCGAAUUUCUGAAUAAACGAUGCGAUAUUUUUCGGAAAUAAA